UUCAUCAGUUGUAGGAAUCCUUCUAGUUAAAGUGUUGCCGUGUUUGUCUCCUAGAUUCAGAUCGGGUUUAUUAUCUCUCUGUACGGCGUCGUAGAUGUGUUUAUCUCUGAGACAUUUAGAAAGUGAAGAGGAUGGGGUUUUUCUCUCUGUGUCUCCGUGGUCCUUUAAACAAACAAUCAUUUGCUCCCCUACCGAAAACACAAAGACACCUUUACAAAGGUCGCGGUCCCGGCAGAAUAUCAAUGUGAGCACAGCGUCGGUGAUGGGGUCGGCUGCGAGAGGACAGAGAGGAGUGGCGUCCACAAAGGAGGCUCGUUAUGACACAGAGGGACAUCCACCCAACGCUACGGGGUCUGCCACGGCCAGGAGCAGGGGCCCGCUGCGUCGGGAACCAGGAGGACACAAACCCAUAACCACCACCGGGAUGGACCGAGACACGGGGAUGGAGAGAGGGAGGGAGAAUGAGAGAGGGAGGGAGAAUGAGAGAGGGAGGGAGAAUGAGAGAGGGAGGGAGAAUGAGAGAGGGAUGGGAAGAGGGAGGGAGAAGGAGAGAGAGGUUGAGGUAGAGAGUGAGUCUUCAUCAUGUCCCAGCAACACCAAUGGAGACUCUGAUGUAGAAGCUCUACUGGCCAGACUGAGGGCCUUGUGAGAUCUAUUUUCAGACACAGACCCCGCCACACCCAAACACCUCCACACCUGGCUGCCCCCCCCACCACAUUAUCUGCAGCGACAGGACAAGACAGGACAGCACAGCACAGGACAGCACAGGACAGGACAGCACAGGACAGCCCAGGACAGCAC